UUGAAGCUUUUGUUUGGCGGAUGAAUUUGAUUUGAAUUUGGGUUUAAGUUACGGAAUUUUCUAUCGGGAUUUGUUGCGUUUGAGAUGAUGUUAGAGAAAUCUAAGUACAGGAAGGAAAAUGAUGAUUUGAACAAGUACCGCGGAGAUCGUGAUCGCAGGAAGAAGGAGAAUGGUUCGGAGAAGCGGCGCUCGAGAGUUAAGAGAAGCGAUUCUGAAGAAGAUGAGAGGAUGAUACGGAGACGGAGGGAUAGGAAAAGUAGCGAUUUUGAAGAAGAGGACGAGAGGGACAGUAAACGCAGAGGGAAGGAGAAGAGAAGGGGACUACGAGAACAUGAGAGAGAUAGAGGCAAAGAUCUGAAAAGGGACAGAGAGAGGAGAGGACGCGAGAAAGAAAGGGUUAGGAAGAAGAAACAGGAUAGGGAGAGGUCACGAGAGGAUUGUAAUGAAGAGAGUGAUGAUGAUGAUAAUGCCAAGCGUGACUUGAAACGCACAAGAACGGAGCGUGAUAGUACUAGCAAGCAUGGAGAUGGCGAUGUUGAGAAGAAAACUCGGGAUGAACAAGUAGAGGAUGAGCACAAGCAGCUGGAUGAGGAAGUCGAAAAACGGAGGAGAAGAGUCCAGGAGUGGCAAGAGUUGAAGAGGCAAAAGGAAGAAGCUGAAAGUGAAAGUAAGGGUCCUGAAGCCGGUAAGGCUUGGACUCUUGAAGGUGAAUCUGAUGAUGAAGUUAAAUCAGACUCAGACAUGGAUGUUAAUGGUGAUACUAAACUCGAAAAUGGUGGAGAUGCCAAGAUGAUCGACUCGGAGAAUGAGACAGCUGUUACUGUCUCUGAGAAUGGAGGUGACAGACCUGCAGAUGAAGAGGAUAUUGAUCCCUUGGAUGCUUUUAUGAAUACUAUGGUAUUACCUGAGGUUGAAAAGCUUAGCAAUAUUGCUUCUCCCACAGCAGUGAACGAUGGUAUUUUGGAUUCUAAAUUGAAUGGGAAUGAAAGUGGUGACCAAGCAAAGAAAGGCUUGAAUAAGGCCCUUGGUAGGAUAAUUCAAGGUGAAGAUUCUGAUUCUGAUUAUUCGGAACCAAAGAGUGAUGAUGAUCCAAGUUUAGAUGAAGACGAUGAGGAGUUUAUGAAGAGAGUUAAGAAGACAAAAGCAGAGAAAUUGUCUCUUGUUGACCACUCCAAAAUAGAGUAUGAACCUUUCCGGAAGAACUUAUAUAUCGAAGUCAAGGAUAUCUCAAGGAUGACACAGGAAGUAGUUAACGCUUACAGAAAGGAAUUGGAGCUGAAAGUUCAUGGGAAAGAUGUUCCAAGACCCAUCAAAUAUUGGCACCAGACUGGACUAACUAGCAAAAUUUUGGAUACUAUGAAGAAGCUUAACUAUGAAAAGCCAAUGCCUAUCCAAGCACAAGCACUUCCAAUAAUCAUGAGCGGUCGAGACUGCAUUGGGGUUGCCAAAACCGGGUCAGGUAAAACCCUUGGCUUUGUUUUGCCUAUGUUGAGGCAUAUCAAAGAUCAGCCUCCCGCUGAGGCUGGUGAUGGGCCGAUUGGGCUUGUAAUGGCACCUACUAGAGAACUUGUUCAGCAGAUUCACAGCGAUAUCAGAAAGUUUUCUAAGGCAUUGGGUAUAAGAUGUGUGCCUGUGUAUGGAGGAUCUGGAGUUGCCCAGCAAAUCAGUGAGCUUAAGCGAGGUACCGAGAUUGUUGUUUGUACUCCUGGCAGAAUGAUCGAUAUUCUUUGCACAAGCAGUGGGAAAAUCACCAAUCUGCGAAGGGUCACGUUUCUGGUAAUGGAUGAAGCUGACCGUAUGUUUGACAUGGGUUUUGAGCCUCAAAUAACUCGUAUUGUUCAAAACAUUCGACCUGAUCGUCAAACUGUGCUCUUUUCUGCCACUUUUCCACGCCAAGUUGAAACUUUGGCGCGUAAAGUCUUGAACAAGCCUGUGGAAAUACAGGUCGGUGGGAGGAGUGUUGUGAAUAAAGAUAUAACUCAGUUAGUUGAAAUCAGACCCGAGAGUGAGAGGUUCUCAAGACUUCUAGAACUUCUUGGGGAAUGGUAUGAGAAAGGAAAAGUUUUGGUCUUUGUUCGUUCACAGGAAAAAUGUGAUGCUUUGUAUAAUGAUUUGAUGACCAAAUGUGGUUACGCCUGUCUAUCUCUUCAUGGGGGUAAGGAACAGACUGAUCGUGAAUCAGCUAUAUCUGAUUUUAAGAGCAAUGUCUGCAAUUUGUUGAUUGCCACAAGUGUUGCAGCCAGGGGUCUAGAUGUGAAAGAGCUUGAGUUGGUUGUAAACUUCGAUGCACCAAACCACUAUGAAGACUAUGUGCAUCGUGUUGGCAGGACAGGUAGGGCAGGACGGAAAGGCUGUGCUGUAACAUUUAUCUCUGAGGAUGAUGCAAAAUAUGCACCAGAUUUAGUCAAGGCCUUGGAAUUAUCUGAGCAGCCAGUUCCUGAUGAUGUGAAAGCAGUAGCUGAUGGAUUCAUGGCGAAAGUAAAACAGGGUAUUGAGCAAGCUCAUGGAACUGGCUAUGGUGGGAGUGGCUUUCAAUUCAACGAAGAGGAGGAGGAAGUUAGGAAAGCAGCAAAGAAAGCACAAGCGAAGGAGUAUGGCUUUGAGGAAGAGAAGUCUGACUCAGAAGAUGAGAAUGAUGUAGUAAGAAAGGCUGGUGGUGAUAUCUCACAGCAGCAGAUUACUCUUGCUCAGAUAGCCGCCAUUGCUGCUGCUGCAAAAGCUCCUGUGACUGCUAACCAAUUGCUGCCAAAUGCUGUCGGGCUAGCCGCCGAGCCAGGUGUUCCUCCUACUGAUGGAUCAGGCCGCGCUGCAGCCAUGGUUGCUGCUGCUAACGUGCAACACUACCUUGCAAAGAUUCAAGCUGAUGCGAUGCCUGAACACUAUGAAGCAGAAUUGGAAAUCAAUGAUUUCCCACAGAAUGCUCGGUGGAAAGUUACCCACAAAGAAACGCUGGGACCAAUAUCAGAGUGGAGUGGAGCUUCCAUUACCACUAGAGGUAAGUUUUAUGAGGCAGGACAUAUCCCGGGACCUGGGGAACGCAAGCUCUAUUUGUUCGUCGAAGGGCCUACCGAAAAAUCUGUUAAGACAGCGAAAGCUGAACUCAAGCGUGUUCUUGAAGACAUAACUAAUCAAACCUUCUCCCUUCCUGGAGGAGCACAAUCCGGCAGAUACUCUGUCCUAUAAAACCAUGAGAUUUGUGAUUCUAGGAUUUUUAAAUUACUCAGAAAACAAGUAGUAAUUAUUGAUUCAUGUUGUGGAAUACAAUCUCUGCACAGUU